AUGGAGGAACUCGAGCGUCUCUCGCUAGUGUCGAGAGUAUGUGUUGAACUCGACAAUCACUUUGGUCUGGCAGAUAAGGAUGUUGCAGAAUUUGUCAUAUAUUUGGCCACCGAAAAUCCAACUUUUGACAAAUUCAAGAAGUCGAUUAUGAAAGAAGGAUUGGCUGAUCAGUUUGAUGAUUCUCUAUUAGCAAAUCUCCUUCGCAUUAUACAACAUAUGCAGCUGAAAAAGAAAGAUGUAGCCAACGUUAAAACUCUUUCCGAUGAUAAGGAAUUGCUUCGCGAAACACUUCCAGCUCUUGCGAUGCCAAAUGUCGAUGCAGAUAAACUGAUGACUGAACUAGAGGGCUUGCAGACAAAAUGGAAGGAAGAAAAAGCAGAAAUUGCGGAUAAGUCGAAUAAAAAGGGAAGACGCAGGCAUCGAUCAAGAAGUGUGGACAAUGAAAUAAGAAAGUAUCGUUGUUCCUCUGACGAUAGGAAGGAUAAAUAUUCGUAUGAGCGUAAGCAUGGGCGAAGUCCCACUGACAGAGAUCGAAGAAAAAGACGAAGUAAAGAUUGGAGUGAAAAGCAUGAUGUGUUAAGUCGAUAUCGCAAAAGUAGAUCACGUUCUUCCGAAAAUAGGAGGACGAGAAUUAAUCUCGCUCCUGUCGUUGGUCACAUUUACAGUGGUCGAGUGACAAGCAUUCAAAACUUUGGAGCCUUUGUACAGUUGGAAGGCUUACGUCAGCGCUUCGAAGGCCUUCUACAUAUAUCGCAGAUCAGGCAGGACCGAAUAAGUGCUGUCUCUGAUGUGUUAAAACGGAACCAAAAGGUCAAGGUUAAGGUUAUUAAAUUCGAGUUGGGAAAGAUUGGUUUGUCAAUGAAAGAGGUUGACCAGGAAACAGGAGAAGAUCUUAAUCCACAUGAACCUACACCACUUGCAGAUGGUGCUCGUGUACUUCGCAAUCCCGAAGCACCAUGGAUAGAUCCUUCUACUUCCCGCAAUCCAGAUGAUGUGUCUGUCACUCAGUCGAAAAGUGUGGUGAAAAGUCGUGUUCGUUUAACGACUCCUGAAAGAUGGGAACUGAGACAAAUGCAGGGUGGGGGAGCGAUAACUAAUGCUGAUUUGCCUGAUUUUGAUGAGGAGCUAGGUGUUCUCAGGAAUUAUGAUGAGGAAAGUGAUGGUGAAGAUAUCGAAAUAGAAAUUGUUGAGGAAGAGCCGGAAUUCUUACGUGGUUACGGAAAAUGUAUGUUAGAUCUCGAACCAGUAAAAGUUGUGAAGAAUCCGGAUGGAAGCCUGGCGCAGGCAGCCUUAAUGCAGAGUGCACUUUCAAAAGAACGGCGAGAUCAGAAAUUGCAAGCACAACGUGAGCAAGAAUCUCAUUCUCAGCGUAGUGGUCUUUCGUCCACUGCCAGAAUCAAUGAUCCUAUGGCGGAAUUAUCCAUACAGUCCUCAAUGGAUGCCUCGGGAUCAAGCCAAAGACAAAAGGAAAUGCCGGAAUGGUUACGACACGUAACUGCCGGUGGAAAAGCGACAUACGGGAAACGAACAAAUAUGUCACUUAAGGAACAGCGCGAAUCGCUUCCAAUUUUUGGACUGAAAAAGGCGCUUCUGGAAGCAAUUGCCGCACAGAAUAUUUUGAUUGUCAUUGGUGAAACUGGAUCCGGAAAAACGACUCAAAUUACUCAGUACAUGGUGGAAGUUGGAUAUGCUGCUCGUGGCCGAAUUGGAUGUACCCAACCGAGACGUGUGGCUGCCAUGUCUGUUGCAAAACGCGUUGCCGAAGAAAUGGGCUGCAGACUUGGUUCCGAAGUUGGUUACACUAUUCGAUUUGAGGAUUGUACAAGUCAAGACACUGUAGUGAAAUACAUGACGGAUGGUAUGUUGCUUCGAGAAUGCUUGUUGGAUCCGGAUUUAACAUCUUAUUCGGUAAUAAUGCUGGACGAAGCUCACGAAAGAACUAUCCAUACUGAUGUUUUAUUUGGACUACUUAAAGCCGCAGUAAAGAAACGACCGGAACUCAAGCUAAUUGUUACCAGUGCCACUUUGGACGCUGUCAAAUUCUCCGAGUACUUUUAUGAAGCCCCUAUAUUUACAAUACCUGGUAGAACGUUUUCUGUUGAAAUUCUUUAUACACGUGAACCAGAAACGGAUUAUUUGGAUGCUGCACAUAUAACUGUCAUGCAAAUCCAUCUUACGGAACCCCCGGGUGAUAUCCUUGUGUUUCUCACUGGACAAGAAGAAAUUGAUACUUCUUGCGAGGUUUUAUACGAGAGGAUGAAAAGUCUUGGUCCAGAUGUGCCUGAACUGAUAAUUUUACCCGUAUAUGGUGCACUGCCGAGCGAAAUGCAGACACGAAUAUUUGAACCUGCACCACCGGGCAGUCGAAAAGUGGUAAUUGCAACCAAUAUUGCUGAAACUUCAUUGACAAUUGAUGGGAUCUAUUAUGUGGUUGAUCCAGGUUUUGUAAAACAAAAAAUAUAUAAUCCAAAAAGUGGCAUGGAUUCACUGGUGGUUACACCAAUUUCUCAAGCACAAGCUAAACAGAGAGCGGGUCGAGCAGGUCGUACGGGUCCUGGAAAAUGCUAUAGACUUUAUACUGAAAGAGCUUAUAGAGAUGAAAUGUUGCCGACACCUGUGCCUGAAAUACAGAGAACAAACCUUGCAUCAACACUGCUGCAGCUAAAAGCUAUGGGAAUUAACAAUUUAAUUGAUUUUGAUUUUAUGGAUGCACCGCCAGUGGAAGCUAUGAUUACAGCCUUGACGCAGUUGCACACUUUAAGUGCUCUUGACAAUGAUGGAUUGUUGACUAGACUUGGCAGAAGGAUGGCUGAAUUUCCACUGGAACCUAGUUUGUCAAAGCUGUUGAUCAUGUCGGUGGAUUUAUGUUGUUCGGAUGAAGUGCUCACUAUUGUUUCAAUGUUGUCAGUGCAGAAUGUUUUCUACAGACCAAAAGACAAACAAGAAAUAGCAGACCAGAAGAAAGCGAAAUUUCAUCAACCCGAAGGUGAUCACUUAACGCUAUUAGCUGUUUACAAUUCUUGGAAACAUCAUCAUUUUUCUCAGCCAUGGUGCUACGAAAACUUCAUCCAAAUCCGAACUUUAAAAAGAGCACAGGAUAUUCGAAAACAAUUGCUUAGUAUCAUGGACAGACAUAAACUGAACACAAUAAGUUGUGGUCGAGAUGUGCAACGCAUACAGAAAGCUAUAUGCUCAGGGUUUUUUCGAAAUGCAGCCAAGCGAGAUCCGCAGGAAGGAUAUAGAACAAUCGUGGACGGUCAAAAUGUUUAUAUUCAUCCUUCUAGUGCUUUGUUUCAAAACCAACCAGAGUGGGUUGUUUAUCAUGAGCUUGUGAUGACAACAAAAGAAUACAUGCGUGAGGUAACUGCUAUCGAACCGAAAUGGUUAGUAGAAUUCGCACCGUCUUUCUUCAAAAUGGGCGAUAACACAAAAUUAUCUGCAUUUAAAAAGAACCAGACGAUUAAUCCUUUGUAUAAUAAGUAUGAAGACCCGAAUGCUUGGCGUAUCACACGACUGAAAAAGAAGAUCUACAAUCCAAACAGAUAA